UGAUACGUCAUUCACAAAGUCACCCGUAAUAUUUUUAUUCUGUUGUUUUGAUGGAAAAGAUCCUGUUGACUCUCAGAACUCAGCGCGAAGCUUGACGAUGGCAAAGAAACUAUCAUAGAGGAUCCCAUUUCCUUUUACCAUUCUCCUUUGACAACAACCAUGGAGGACCAGUUUGCGCAGCUCUUGACCAAGCAUGGCAUUGAACAAUGUCACAUCCUGGCCAUCAAUUCCGACAACCAACAACCAGAAAUCGAUUACUGCCACAAGGAUACCACCCAAGAUUCCAUUUUCCAUCUGUACAGUGGCACCAAGCUGUACACAGCACUGGCUGUUUUGUUGCUCAUUCAAAGAGAAAAGAUCCCAUCGUUGGAUAGUCUUGUCACGGAUGUGGUAUUAGACAAAGACAGCAACGAUGAUGAAGGCUACACAACUUUCUUUCAAAGUGAAGCAUUGCAAGGAGUAACCAUUCGACACCUCCUCGCACACACGUCCGGUCUGAAGGAUACCCCAAUGGCGGCAUUCUUGGCGGUUCAUUUCGAAGGCGAGGACUUGCCUUCCACUUGGGAUACCCUUCGGCAAUUCCGACUGGUUCGAAAGAGUCCUCCUCCUGCCAAACCAGAAUAUGCCAAUGUCAAUUUCUGCAUCCUGGGCGAACUUAUUACCAAAGCUUCUGGAAAGCCAUUUGCCGACUUUGUCCAAGCAGAAAUUCUCCCACCCCUUCAAAGCGGGGCAAAAUUUCAUAUUGACAGCAAUAGUGAUGAGGUUUUGGUAAAAGGCACCAUGGGAUACUGGACCAGUAUUCUUCUCAAGUUGAUCAAUGAUCCAGCAGACUACAAGAAAAUCUUUGAGGGAAGCGAGUGGUUGCGAGAUGCACGAGCUUACAAACUUCGACGAAACUUUUACAUGAACUGCAGUGCAGCAGGUGGAUUGUGUGGGACCGCCCAAGAUUUCGUGCCCUACCUGCAACUCGUCUUGCAAUACUUCCAAGACAACAAGCAGACACCGGAUUGGAUAGAGGAACACCUUUGGAAAGAGCUCUUUACUCUGCAGGCACAAGGACCGGGUUGCAGUUUGAUUUCGGGUGUCGGAAUGGGACUGGGCUGGAAGAAGGCCGGUGCCGCGGAUGUGCAAUACUGGCAUCAUGAAGGUGGAGGCGGUGGUUUCACCAGCGAGACUCGCAUCUAUCCAGACGACAACCUUGGCAUUGUCAUACUGAUGAACUCGUGGUCGGCCAACUAUGCAGAGUCCACCCUUUGCCAUCAGCUCUGUGGACUCAUUCGUGAGCACGUCGCCAAGAAGAGGGCUGAUCGUGGUGGCGCUGAGGAGAAUAAUUGAUUCAAUCAUUCAUUGAAAUCCCUGAUGAGGGCUCAAAGGAGAGUCGUCAACGAUAGGCUGUGAUUCAAAAGGCGAUCAAACGAUUUUGAUUCUACAGAUUCAUGGAUUGUCUUUCCUUGCAACCUUCACUCUCAUAGCACGGUACGCGUUAGACAAUAUUUAUUCAAUGCU